ACGCAGGGCUCAAUGGCGGGCCGUGGUUCGCGGGACUGCGCGGCGGCGACCAAUCGGCGGCCGGCUUUUUCGCAAUCGCGGGCAGGUUUGAAAGAAGUCGUGGCUUUGCUCGGGAACGUCACACAGCGCUCCGCCGCGGUUGGAAUGGAGAUCGCGCCGCCGGAGUCAAACUUGCCAUUUUUUUCGCCUGCGUCGCGUCGCGGCGAUGAUUCGGCUGCAGAAACAGACGGGCAGACAACGAGAGGCAGCGCUGAUCGCGAUUUGGAGCCGGGUGGGACAGAGACGAUGAACAGAGAGAGAUGGAGGUCGGCGGGAUCCGCGCGGAGGCGCAGCGGCUCCAAGAAGAGGCGCCGUAUGCUCUGCAUGGCUGUGUGUGCAGUGCCAUGGAUCCUUGUUUUGGUGCUGCUGGCCGUGAUUGUGCUCCAGCAUUCUGUGUCGUGCUCACCUCGCCCACCCUUCUCCCACGUCUGCCCCGACGCCUGGCUCGGUUUGCAAGGGAAAUGCUUUUAUUUCUCGGCCAACGAGAGUGACUGGGACAGCAGCAGGGAGCACUGCCAGCGCCUCGGAGCUUCCCUGGCCACCGUGGACACGGAGGAGCAGAUGGAAUUCAUGCUGCGGUACCUGGGCCCGGCAAACUGUUGGAUUGGGCUGCACAGGGCAGAAGGGGACGAGCGCUGGACGUGGGCUGACGGCAGCGCCUUCAGCAACUGGUCAGUGCGUGCGUCCGUCUGUCUGUCUGGGAUGUCUGUCAGGGUCUGUUUGGGAUGGGCUGGGAUUGGGUUUCCCAUUCUGCUCCCUGCUGUGCUCAGGUUCCAGCUGCAAGGCGGAGGCCGAUGUGCGUACCUGAAUGGGGACAGGAUCAGCUCAGCCCUGUGCCACACUAAGAAGCUGUGGGUGUGCAGCAGAGCUGACAGCUUCGUCCUCUGGAGGAAUGGGACAAAUCCACAGUGACAGAUCCCAGCCCAGCCAGCUCGUGUCAAUGCUGCUGGGCACGGCCAUGCCAUGGCUGUGUGCUGGAAUCUGCCUCUUUCCAGCACUGCUGCAGCUGUUCCUGCAUGGAGCCACGCAGCUCUGCUGCUCGUUAUCUCUCAGGGAACAUGUUUAAUUGCACCUUGCCAUAAAGGAAGGGUCCUUUGUGGGUCCUUACAGGUCACAGCGCUGUG